UUUUUUAAUAUAUACGUUGCUUUCACUUAGUUAGCUUAAAUAACUCACCAUCCCCCAAAUAAUAAAAAUAAAGCUAGUGUAUCAGAGAGGAAGCACAAAAUCAAAUUGAGUGGAAGAUUUAUUUGUGUUAAUGGUUAAAAUGUUGAACCAACGAAAAGUAGAACUCUUUUUUGCUUUGGCCUUAAUCGUUGUAGCUCUUGUAAAAUCUGACAAUAACAAUCAUUUGUCAGAAGAUAACAAGAAUAACAAUCAUUUGUCAGAAGAUAACAAGAAUAUAAAGAGAAUCAUAGAAGAUUACUUAAACGCAAAAAACGCAGAACAACUCACAAGAGGAAAAUUUAUGAAAAAAAUAACCAAUAAAGAGGACGACUUCAAAAAUGAAGCGGAAUAUGAAUAUGAAAACAAAUAUGGUGAUGAACUAAAAAACCACGUGCUUGUAAAUAAAAGAGAAGACGCUGCUCAAUGGUUUAAUGGAAGGUUCGGAAGAGAAAUGGGUGAGCGGUUUCUACCUCGAUUCGGAAAAGAGUUGAACAAACCACAUCUAAGAGGAAGAUUUGGUAGAAGUCUAAAGUUGUGAAGAAUAUUAUUAUGAAAUACCACUGUAACUAAACCUAUUUAAACACUGUUUUAAAAAAAUAUUUAAAAAAAUAUAAA